UAUUUUCUCCUGCAAAAGCAAAACUAUGAAUUACACCAUCACACUUCGUCAGCCUCACUGCACUCUCCCAAAUCAGCCACCGCCACAAUGCUUGAUCGCUCCGUCUCCUCACGCCGACCCUCCCCCUCCACCGCUGAAACCGAGCCCCUAACCUCUCCACCCUCUGACGCCGCAUCCGACGCCGUAGACGACUCCAAGGCCAAGCGCCAACACAUUUCCUUAUUAGCUUCCAAGUACCUCUCACGCGUUGGCCAAUUGUCGCCCUCUGUCAUUAUUUCUCUCUUUGUCUUCCUCUUCGUUGCCUCCUUGAUCUUUCACUACUCUCGUCGCCUCCUCGUCUGUGUUUCACCAUAUGAUCCGCGUUCUCUGGGCGGGCCCGGACUGUUUCGACCCGAUGCAUUGGAAUCUGAUUUCGGAUAUCUUGGUGUUCCCUGGUGCAGAUCGAAACAUGGAAGAACGGUUGAAUGGACGUCCAAGGAUUUACUCAAGGGGUUGGAAGAGUUUGUACCAAUAUAUGAAACUCGUCCGAUUAAGAACAAUAUGUAUGGGAUGGGUUUUGACCACAGCUUUGGGCUUUGGUUCAUUGCACGGUGGCUGAAACCAGAUCUAAUGAUUGAGAGUGGUGCUUUCAAAGGGCAUUCAACUUGGGUUUUGCGGCAAGCAAUGCCAGAGACUAAAAUCGUUACACUUUCACCCCGGCAUCCAGCUAAGUACCUACAGAAGGGACUUGCCUAUGUUGAUGGAAACUGCACAUAUUUUGCUGGAAAAGAUUUUGUGGAUUUUGGUAAUGUCAAUUGGGGGAAUGUGAUGAGGCAACAUGGGAUUACGAAUCUCAGCCGAGUCCUAAUCUUUUUCGAUGACCAUCAAAAUGAAUUGAAAAGAGUUAAGCAGGCACUGAAGGCUGGCUUUAGGCAUCUUGUUUUUGAGGAUAAUUAUGAUACUGGAACUGGAGACCAUUAUUCUUUGAGGCAGAUAUGUGAUCAGUCUUAUAUAAAAGGAGGUGGCCAUAGCUGCUUUAGAGAUAGUGAUGAAGCCAGGGUUAGAUCAAGAAGGAAGGACUUCUGGGAGAAGGCAGUGGACAUAGAGGAAUUAUGUGGACCAGGUGAAACCUGGUGGGGUGUCAGAGGGGAGAUGCGAGAUAACUUCAACCACACUAACAAGCUAAUCUCCUAUAUGGAACAUUUUCGGAACAGUCAUUUUAUCGAAUCAAUUCUAGAUGUUUAUUGGGAGCUCCCUCCAGUGGCUGGCCCUUCCCUGACUCAUCAAACGCGAUAUGAUCCUGCUCGUGCAUCCAGUCCAAUUGUUGAAGAUGGCCGCUUUGGCUUGUUUCAACAAGUUGGUUUAGGUAGACUUGAGAAAUCUGUAUUUAAUGGAUAUACCCAGAUGGUGUAUCUGCAAAUUUCUGAACAAGAAUCAUAGAAGAACCUUGAGCAAUAGAUGGAGAUGUGUUUUUAGCUUUCCACCUCAUUGAAAAUUCAGGUGUGUUAAUAUUGGUGUAUUUUGCUCAGUUAUAGCUAGCUGCUCAGAAUUAUUGCUA